GUGUCUGUUCAACAGUGUGUUGCUGUCUAGAAAUGUUAAACUGCUUAGUCGAGAAUUGACGUCUAUCUAGGAGACUGUCUGUAGGUCAUAAAGGAACAAUCUUGAUGGCUGACCUCUAACGUUAUCUGAACACACAUGGGUCAAUGACCGCUCACUUUGAAUAUAUUACAACCAGCAAGCAGCAGUUAUCUUGAGCAUUUGCUACUACAUUAUGGUUCUUUAAAAAAAUGACUUACCAUGACUUUAUUUUGUAAUCUAUUUCAGUCCGUGUGUUUGUUUUGCUCCCAUAACGCAGCUUAACAUUUGAUGUUGUGCCAUGCGGUCAGUCUAAUUCCCUUUACUGGCUUUAGGCUAGUUAUGGCAUCUCCAGGGUAUUUUGGUGAUGGUCCUCCGAUGCGCGAGCGUGACCCGUACUUCACUGAGGUCAUCAGUCAGAGGAUGCAAGUGCCCGAGCGGCUGAGGGUCGGUCCAGCGCCUCACGCGCAGGAGCCUGCAGAGCAAAGACAUGAAGAGCUACCUGCUGCCUACAGCAUGCACAUCCCAGACAGACUGGCCUUAACAGGUAGAUUGCAUAUUGGUCAUAGUUCAGACUAUCUAUUGAAUCGUUACACCCCUACUUGUAAUGUGUCACAGAGUCCACUGCGAAGGUCUUACAGUGACCAGGCCUUUGGUCGAACCCCACCUGGAACCCCCACACACUCCAGACAAACACUCCGCUCCCAGUCUCCCCGCAGUAUUGGACGCCCACCUGUCGUGCAUACAGACCCGUCCCCACCAAAGCCCCCAGGACUCCCCUCCAUCCCACCCAACCUGCUGUCCCCACAGAGCAUGCUGCAGGCCGCCAAGGAGCUGGGCCAGCAGGCGUCUCAGAAACUCCUCCAGACCGUCACCACAAAAUACUCCUCCAGGUUUGGUUACCCAGAAAACCAUCCCUCUCAGGCUGUGGAGGUUCAACCUGAUCAAAGCAGGACAAGUGCCUCGCAGGAGUUCUGGCUCAGUCCUGAAGAGGACACAGGUACUGCUGUCCAGUUCAUGGUGCUCCGCAGACAGGUGGUGAAGAUGAGCAGGAGGAUAGCAGGGCUGGAGAGACAGAACGCAGAGCACAGACAGACGGAGCUGGUGCUGUUCUCUAUGUUACUGUCUGCCUGUCUGAUCAACGGCUGGCUGUGGAUGCGCAGAUGACUGCUCACACUGCACUAUACAGACAGCACUACAAGAGCAGCGGAGCUGUUUACUGGGAAGUACAGUACUACACAUAUUUCUAUAGAGAUUUACGAAAUUUGUUCUCAUAAAAAUGAUGGUCAAUGGAUGGUUUAGAAACCACUUCUAUAGAAGACUCUGAACCUUCCACUCAGAUGUGUCACAUGAUCACGGUAGUGACAUGGGCCACUUUGCGUUACAAGUGACUUGAGGAACUCAAGCAUGUUUUUCUCCUUGUGAGAGUUUCACUGAUGAUGUCAUUCAGUAAUGCAGUCCCUCUGGCUCUUUUGAUCAGACUAGUAGCUAGUUUUUUGUAUUUGAUUUAUUCUGCAAAUUAAGUAAA